AUGUUACCACAGUCGUGCCACCAAGGUCGUGUCACCAAGGCCAUGUCACCAAGGCCGUGCCACCAAGGCCGUGUCACCGAGGCCAUGUCACCACAGCCGUGUCACCAAGUCUGUGUCACUGAAGCUGUCACCAAGGCCGUGUCUGCCUCCAAGGAGCUAUGGGGGCUCUCCCUCUCCACACUGGCUGCUGGUGGCUACAACAUGGAGAAGAACAAGAGCCACAUCAAGCUGGGGCUCAGGAGCCUCGUCAGCAGUGACCUGGUGCAGACCAAGGGCAUGGGUGCCUCUGGCUCUUUCAAGCUGAGCAAGAAGCCGGGUGAGACAAAAGAAAGGGCAAUGAAGAAAAGGACAGCUGCCACACCCGAGAAGCCGGUGGCCAAGAAGCCUGCUAGCACUGCCAAGAAGCCAAAGAAAGCAGUGGCAGUGAAGAAGAGCCCCAAGAAGGUGAAGAAGCCGGCAGCCACAGCAGCCAAGAAAGCAGCCAAGAGUCCCAAGAGAGCCACAGAGGCCGGGCACCCCAAGAAGGCAGUGAAGAGCCCAGCUAAGGCAAAAGCAGUGAAGCCCAAAGGCAAGCCUAAGGUAGCCAAACCCAAAGCGGCCAAGGCAAAGAAGGCAGUGCCAAAAAAGAAUUAA